GUUCACUACGACGGAAGCUCCCGUUUUACGACACUUCCCUUUCCGAUAACUGAGGCCUUCCGGUCGUAUUUAACAGAGCGCUUCUCUUAUUUUUAACGCUAGUCGACAGAAACAUUUCUAUCCGUGUACAGAGCUCCAGUAAGCUGCUGGUAGAGCACCAUGGGGAUCGAGCAGGAGGCGGACCGGACCCUCUUCAUCAGGAACCUGGACCCCAGAGUCACGGAGGAGCUUCUCUUCGAGCUCUUUGUUCAGGCAGGACCUCUGAUCAAGACUAAGAUCCCUAAAGACUCUGAUGGGAAGCAGAAGACGUUUGGUUUUGCCGUGUAUAAACAUGAGGUGUCGGUGCCGUACGCCAUGCAGCUGCUGGACGGGACGGCGGUCCACGGGAGGACCAUCCACGUCCAGUUCAGAUCAGGCAGCAGUCACAGCAGCAGUCCAGGGAACUCCCAGAACACGAGUCCUGCUAACACCCCCAACCCUCACGGCCAGAGGACUCCGAUCCAGUUCAGUUCUCCUCCGUAUACUCCUCCGCCCCAGAUGCAGAGAUCCCUCUCCUCUCCUGAUAACCUCCAGAAACACGCCAUGAUGAACAACAUGAUGUGGCAGCUCCACAUGCAGCAGAUCGACCAGCUGAACGGCGUCUUCUCCAAGCCGCUGCAGAGGCAGCUGUCGCCGGGCGGUAACUCUGGUGGCGGCGGCUCGCGGCAACACGACAGCGCCCCCUACCGUCACCCGUCCCACGGCAACAGCAGCAGUGGCGGCGGCAGAAACCAACGAUACGCAGACGGAGCGGGAGCCGGACGCCAUCAGCAGCACGGCCAACGGGACAACUACCACCACCAGAACGACCGGAGCGGCGGCCGUCACCACGACAACAGAAGCGGCAACAGACACGACGACAAGGGUAGCAACCGUGGUUACCAUGACAACAGGUGGCGACGGUACUGAGACACGUCAAGGACUUGUGUAAAGACUUCAGUUCUUUUUACUAAAAAAAAAAAAGUCAUGGAUUAUGUUGACAAAAUGUGUUCUCAGGUUGUUUGUACAUGAUCUUACUGGUUUGAAGAUUUGAUAACUUAUGCCUUAGUCAUUUUUGUUUACUUUUUAAGGCAUUUUUAAAUUUGUACACUUCUUUCAUGUGAGUUUUUCCUCACAGAUGUUGCAAAUAUUUUGAAUUCUAUCGACGAGAGAGAGAGCAAGAAGAAUAAAAAAAAAAAAAAUUCAGACGUGGCUGAAAUUAGUCAAUUUGGAAGAGACAAAAAAUGUAUUUAAAAAAAGAUUUAGGAUAUUUGCACGUUUUUAUGUUAUGCAAAAAGUAUCUAAAUGGUGCUCUCAGAAAUUCUUCAGGUAAAUUUGCAGCUAAAGAUUCCACCAGCACCACUUUUACAGCAAUCUGUUGACCUUGUUCUUUCUAAACAACGGACUUUAUUUUAUUUCAUUUUUUAAAUUCUGACUCUGUAAGACGAACUGUUUUUAAAAUGGAACGUUUUCAUUAUUAUAAAGCUCCUUUUCAUUUUGA